CGAGCUUGUUGCCACGGCAGCCAGGAGGAAAAGCCACGGGGUGAAACUGAUGCCUAAGCACACCGUUUGAGUUGCCCGUCCAUGCACGGCACAAGCUCCAAAAAGGGACCUAAUGUUGGCUUAUAGUCGGCAGCAUCAUGGCUAGGAUGCAGCAGUUCCACACUUCUCACUUGGGGUGCCGUCUUUCCCAGUCCCCCCAGUAGACAUCGGCUGCUUCAUCCUCAUCCUUGGGAGCAGCUAUGAUCAUCCGGCACGGCUAAAAUCGGUUAAAAAAGAAGAAGAAGAAGCCAUGGGCACGGCCUCCUCUCUGGUCAGCCCGGGUGAGGUGAUUGAGGACGCAUAUGGGGGCGAAGGAGGGGAGGCCUGUGAGAUCCCCGUGGAGGUGAAACCCAAAGCCCGACUCCUGCGCAGUUCUUUCCGCCGGGGCCCCCGGGUGAUCGGGGCCAGUUUCAAAUCUACCGGUUCCGUGGACCUGGAGUAUGCUGCCGAGUACGAGAGACUCCGCAAGGAGUAUGAGAUCUUCCGUGUCAGCAAGAACAACGAGAUCUCCUCCAUGCAGAAGAAGGAGGCAAAGCUGGACGAGGAGAACAAGAGGCUGAGAGCUGAGCUGCAGGCUCUGCAGAAGACCUACCAGAAGAUCCUGAGAGAGAAGGAGAGUGCUCUGGAAGCAAAGUACCAGGCUAUGGAGAGGGCUGCAACUUUUGAGCAUGAUAGGGACAAAGUCAAACGGCAAUUCAAGAUAUUUCGGGAGACGAAGGAGAAAGAGAUUCAGGAUCUUCUGCGUGCCAAGAGAGACUUGGAGGGCAAGCUGCAGCAGCUGCAGGCUCAAGGGAUCCACGUCUAUGACCCAGAUGAUUCAGACUCUGAUGACAAUCGAACUACUGUAACUGCUGCAGGGACCCAGUGUGAUUAUUGGACUGGUGGUGUCCUGGGAAGUGAGCCGUCUAUGGGCAGUAUGAUGCAACUGCAACAGACCUUCAGAGGACCAGAGUUUGCACACAGUUUGAUAGAUGUGGAGGGUCCAUUUGCUAAUGUGAGCAGAGAUGACUGGGAUGCUGCAGUGGCCAGUCUGCUCCAGGUCUCCCCUCACAUGUCUCAGGUCUUGUGGAGCAACACAGUGCGCUGCUACCUAAUCUUUACCCAGGAGACCAAGUCAGAGCUAGAUAUCUUCAUCCAGAAGUACUCUCCCAUGCUGCGGAGACUGUGUGAGGAUCUAGGCCAUUUCUACCUGAACGUUAGAUUCCCAGAGGAAAACGCUGACUCCUACACCCUGGAACGCAAGCAAGAGAUGGAACGGAGCUCCGUGUGUGUGCUCCUCCUCAAAUCCACAAUUAGCAGCUCUGUCGUUGAGGAUUGUGAGGAGGCCUUUGUGAAGAACCCAGAUGGCCGCCCUCUAGUGCUCUACCUCAGGACUGGAGAAGACACCCCUCUGACUGGACCCACCAGACAGCUGCUGGAGAGGGUCAAUGCUGCAGACAAGACUGCUAAAAUCAAGGUGGUGGAUCACAAUGGUUCUCCAGAGGAUGGAGCAGCCAUGAUUUACGCUCAGCUGGAGAAGGUCAUCAAACAGGAGUUGCUGGGUCUUGAGGGGAGUGAUGUUGACUCUAAGGACUGUGGGAUAGAGGAGGGUCGGGAGGAGGACUCGGGAGAUGUGCUGUGGGACCUGCAUGAUGAACAAGAACAGAUUGAGGCUUACCAACAGGCCUGUACCACAUCCUCACAACUAGGCUUCCAGAAGUAUAUAGAUCGUCUGAAUGACAUGGUGGCUGCCCCCCCACCCACCCCUCCGCUCCUGGUGUCUGGUGGUCCAGGCUCAGGAAAAUCUCUCCUGCUCUCCAAAUGGAUUGAGCUGCAGCAGAAGCACUCCCCCAACACCUUGUUCCUCUACCAUUUUGUUGGCCGGCCCCUUUCUAGCAGCUCAGAGCCUGUUCUCAUCAUCAAACGCCUCACGGUCAAGUUGCUGCAGCACUUCUGGUCCAUCUCAGGUCUAUCAAUGGAGCCUAGUAAGAUCUUGGAGGAGUUCCCUCGCUGGCUUGAAAGGUUGUCAGCACGACACCAAGGCAAUAUAAUCAUUAUCAUCGACUCCAUUGACCAGAUACAGCAAGCAGAAAGACACAUGAAGUGGCUUAUUGACCCUCUGCCCGUCAAUGUGCGAGUAGUCGUCUCAGUCAACGUGGAAACAUGUCCGCAGGCCUGGAGGUUGUGGCCCACGCUGCAUCUAGACCCACUCAGUCUCAGGGAGGUGAGGAGCGUUGUCAGCACCGAGUGCCAGGGCAUGGAGCUGAAACUCACCAAGGACCAGGAGAAGAGGCUGGAGAGGCACUGUCGCUCUGCAUCGACUUGCAAUGCGUUGUAUGUCACACUGUUGGCCAGGAUCAUCACCAGUAGAUGUUGGUCGCUGGAGAAGAGCCUGGAGCAGUGUCUUCUGUGUCAGGACACUAUGUCGCUGUACCGCCUGGGUCUCAAGAUGACACUAGAUGCCCUCAACACAGACAGAGAGCAACACUUCAUGAGAGAGAUACUGUGCCUGGUAUGUGCCAGCCAUAAUGGAGUGAGUGAGUCAGAGGUCUUGGAUCUGUUUCCAGAGCUUCAGCAUCCUGUUCUCUCUUCUCUGCUCUACCGUCUCCACAGGCUCUGUGUCUUGACCCUGGGCUGUGGGCUCAUUAGGUUCAAGCACCUGCAGGCUGGCGAGGCGGUGAAGCUGGAGUUUAUGAGUGGAGGGAGCAGCUGUGCCGAUUACAGAGAAAAACUGAUCCACUACUUCAGCCAGCAACUUGGCCAAGAUCGUGUGACGUGGCGUGUUGCAGACGAGCUGCCCUGGUUGCUGCAGCAGCAGGAGGACAGAACCAAACUGCAGCUCAGCCUCCUCAACCUGUUUGUCUCCCAGAACCUUUACAAGAGGGGUCAUUUCUCUGAGCUGCUAGCCUAUUGGCAGUAUGUGGGGAAGGACAAGAGCUCCAUGGCCACUGAGUACUUUGACUCCCUGAAACACUACGAGAAGAGCUGCGAGAGCGAAGACAGCAUGACCCGGCUGGCCAACCUUUAUGAGACCCUUGGACGUUUCCUCAAAGACCUGGGUCUCCCCAGCCAGGCGGUAGCCCCUUUGCAGAGGUCCCUGGAAAUCCGGGAGACAGCCCUGGACCCUGACCACCCCAGCGUAGCACGCUCUUUACACCAGUUGGCGGGGGUUUAUGUCUUGUGGAGAAAGUACGGCAACGCCGAGCAGCUGUACAAGCAGGCGCUGGAGAUCAGCGAGAACGCCUAUGGUGCCGAGCAUGCCAGCGUAGCACGGGAGCUCGAGUCCCUCACCAUGCUUUACCAGAAACAAAACAAGUAUGAACAAGCAGAGAAACUGAGGAAGAGGUCCGUGAGGAUACGUCAGAAAUCUGCCCGGCAGAAAGGUCAUAUGUAUGGCUUCACCCUUUUGAGACGCAGAGCCCUACAACUAGAGGAGCUGACGCUGGGCAAAGACUCAGCAGACUCUGGCAAGACCCUCAAUGAGCUGGGUGUCCUUUACUACCUCCAAAACAACCUGGAGGCCGCCAAGGUGUUCCUGACCCGCUCUCUGGAGAUGCGUCAGCGCGUCCUGGGGCCAGACCACCCGGACUGCGCCCAGUCUCUCAACAACCUGGCUGCCCUGCACACGGAGAGGAGGGAGUACGAGACGGCCGAGGACAUGUAUGAGAGGGCACUGGACAUCCGCAAGAAAGCCCUGUCCCCCGACCACCCAUCUCUGGCAUACACGCUCAAACACCUGGCCAUGCUCUAUAAACGCAGGGGGAAGCUGGACAAGGCCGUGCCGUUAUAUGAGCUAGCGCUGGAGAUCAGAGAGAAAAGUUUCGGGCCCAAGCACCCCAGCGUAGCCACGGCGUUGGUGAACUUGGCCGUAAUCUACUGCCAACUGAAGAAGCACAGCGAGGCCUUGCCUUUGUACGAACGGGCUCUAAAGGUGUAUGAGGACAGUCUGGGACGAUCUCAUCCGCGGGUUGGGGAGACUCUGAAAAACUUGGCUGUACUUAGCUAUGAGGAGGGGGAUUUUGAGAAAGCAGCAGAGCUUUACAAACGGGCGAUGGAGAUAAAAGAGGCGGAGCCUUCUUUGGUGUGUGGGAAUGCCCCCUCUCGCCACUCAUCCAGUGGGGACACAUUCAGCCUGAGAGGGCCUGCCCCUCUCCAACACGCCCCCAGCGCUGGCCAGUCCAACCCCACCUUCCUCAUCCAGAGCCCCUCUGAGAGCUACGUCCUCAGGAAGAGACCGCCAGGGGCACUGCUGCUGGGAGCGCAUAAGGUGGACAGGGAGUAUCAGGUGCAGAAAUCUCUAUUCUCUGCUGGCUUCCCCGUACCUUCGCCUCUGUUGCUUUGCACGGACCCUUCAGUCAUUGGGACUGAGUUCUACCUGAUGGAGCACGUAAACGGCCGCAUAUUCCGGGAUCUUCGUCUCCCAGGAGUCAGUGCGGCAGAGCGGAGUGCCUUGUAUGUGGCUGCUGUACAGGUGUUGGCUAGGCUUCACUCACUGGACCUGACAUCCCUAAACCUCCAUGGGUAUGGGCGAGGACCAGGCUACUGCAGGAGGCAGGUGUCCACUUGGACAAAGCAGUACAUGGCGUCGGCCCACAGAGACAUUCCAGCCAUGAAUGAGCUCUCCGACUGGCUGAGGACCCAUUUGCCAGUCGCUGAUGACGAGGUUGCGCUUGUCCAUGGAGACUUCCGAGUGGACAACCUGAUAUUCCAUCCGACAGAGGCGCGUGUGAUAGCGGUGUUGGACUGGGAGCUGUCUACCACAGGACAGCCACUGGCAGACCUGGCCUACUUCCUCAUGCCUCACUACUGGCCCAGCAGCCUCAGCAUCAUUAGCACACAGGGUAGCUUUAAAGGAAUAGAAGGCAUCCCUGCUCCAGAAGACCUGAUCUCCAUUUACUGUCGCUGCCGGGGGAGCUCAUCCGCUUUGCCGCCAUUGAAUUUCUAUUUGGCCCUGUCUGUCUUCAAGAUGGCGGGAAUAGCCCAGGGGAUAUAUGCACGCCACCUACUGGGUAAUGCCAGUGCGCCUAAUGCCGACCAGUUUGGCCAGUGUGUGGAGCCCUUAGCUAAGGUUGCCUUGCAGCUUGCAAAGAGCUCCCUCCCAGGCCCAGAAGAAGACAGGCUGUUCCUCCAGACAGCCAAGGGCCGGGCUGUUCUCCAGAGAGUCAGAGACUUCAUGAAGGAGCAUGUGCUUCCCACUCAGGAGGAAGUUGCCGAGUACUACUCCAAAUAUGCUCAAUCCCCACAAAGAUGGCACACGCCCCAAGUUAUAGAAAACCUGAAGGUGAGGGCGAGGGAGGCUGGGCUAUGGAACCUGUUCCUGCCUGCGGUCAGCGGUCUGAGUCAACUGGACUACGCCUACAUUGCAGAGGAGACAGGGCGCUGCAUCUACGCCCCUGAGGUCUUCAACUGCCAGGCUCCCGACACAGGGAACAUGGAGGUGCUCCACAUGUUUGGCAGUGAGCAGCAGAAGAAAGAAUGGCUUGAGCCUCUGCUCAGAGGAGAGAUCUGCUCCUGCUUCUGCAUGACAGAACCUGAUGUGGCCUCCAGCGAUGCCACCAAUAUGGAGUGUACCCUAGACAGGGAUGAAGACCGUUACGUCAUCAACGGCAAGAAAUGGUGGAGCAGCGGUGCUGGCAAACCCACGUGUAAAGUGGCCGUCGUCAUGUGCAAGAGCAGGUCUCGGGAUGCCAGCGACAGGCAUGGCCAACACAGUAUGGUCCUAGUGCCAAUGGACACGCCAGGAGUGAAGCUGGUCAGGCCGCUCACCGUGUUCGGACAGGAUGAUGCCGUUCACGGAGGCCAUUUUGAGGUGCACUUUGAAAACGUGUGUGUCCCUGCUGCCAACAUCAUCCUGGGCGAGGGCAGGGGCUUCGAGAUCGCCCAGGGCCGCCUUGGGCCGGGCAGGUUACACCACUGCAUGCGGGCGGUGGGCCUGGCCGAGCGGGCCCUGCAGCUGCUCUGCCAGCGGGCCGCUGCCAGGACCACGUUCGGCAAGAAACUCUACCAACAUGAGGUGGUGGCACACUGGAUAGCGGAGUGCCGGCUGAUGAUAGAGCAGACCCGCUUGCUGACUCUCAGCGCCGCCCAUGCUCUGGACACAUCGGGGAGCCGAGCCGCACGCAGACAGAUUGCUAUGAUCAAGGUGGCAGCAGCCAGGAUGGCCUGCAAGGUGGUGGAUUGCGCCAUCCAGGUGUACGGGGGCGCGGGCGUGUCCGGAGACUUCCCUCUGGCGCAGAUGUAUGCAUAUGUGCGCACUUUGCGCAUCGCCGAUGGGCCGGAUGAGGUGCACCUCUCCACUAUCGCACACCAGGAGCUGAGGGAUCAGCUGGGAAAGGCACAGGCCAAGUUGUGACGUCACCAUUGUCCUGGUGCAGUAUCUGCUUAGGCUGCCAUCCAUCCAUCUGUUAUCCAAACCGCCUGACCCGCUCUCAGGGAUGCUGCAGCCUAUCCCAGGAGUCAGUGGGCAGCAGGCGGGGAGACACCCUGGACAGGCCGCCAGACCAUCACAGGGCUCUAAGACCAUGAAUAACUGAUUUUCGGUCGACGUCCAUCAACCACCGACGGAGAAGCUAACACAUGACGUGACCUCAGACCUUAAAAGAAACACCUUGUCUUAUAAUGUAAUUUUAUAUGUCCAAAUA